UGUCUCACGGGAUUUGGCUUGCUCUCUACCCCGUCGUGAAUCCAUAUCGCCUGCUCGCGGCCGCAAAGGAGCAGCUGCGCUAGAUAGGUCCAUCAUCGUCGCUGCGGUGGAUCGACGACCGCUGAACCGUUCCUCCUGAACCAAGACGCCAAGUGGAGAUAGGGCUCGAUACGGAUGGUUCGCCAUCAGCAACGACGACGAGGCACUCACACUUCGACGAAUGGCGGCCUAUUGUGCGCUCUGUCGCCGUCCAUAGCUCGACAGAUGAGCAGGUCUUGAUACCCCUGCCAUUCGCAUCUUACGCACGAUGAUCUCUCUGGGUGCGAGCAUCUUCUUCUUUCUUCCCCGCAUUGCAUUCACUCCCAUCAUCGAGGCGAAACAUGUCGUCUGUUCUUGGAAGGUCGGCAUCUCUACGCCCGACAAGUACGGCUUUGAAAAGGCGAGUCACUCAUGCCUACCUUCCUCGGCCAUUCGUAGAUCUCUGACUCCUCGGCCGUCCCCGAACGUAUCUCGGCGGCAGUUCUGCACCGCCUCUGCUCUCAUCAAAGAAGUGCAAGACAAUACCACGGGGCUCAACAAGACGACGGCGACCUUCUCGUGCUCUGGGCCCUUCCAAAAUAACGUGGUCACGCCUGCCUCAUGGGGCUUGCUCCGGGAGAAUGUCCUCGAGUUUGGUGAACAGUAUACCGUUGUGGCUGUAGCAUAGUAUCGGAUGAGCUCUCGCUGAAGGUGACUGCCCAUUCGCGCUCGCGCGCUCAGCCACUCCCUGCGGCGAUGGCGGCUGGUACGUGAUGGCUCAUGACUACUGUCCUGAGCGGAAUUUCGCCAUGUGCUUGGGCACGGUCAGUCGGCGACCAGCGGAUCCUCAGUGCUGGUAUCUCCAUAGAAAGGACGAU